ACCUACAACGCGCAUCGCCGAGACGUGAUCCGAAUCGCGCACGACCUCGCGCACAAUUGUCAGUCAUUCGUGGCUCUUCUCGAGCAAAGACAUCAGAAAUCGGCUGAAUUCUCUUCAAUUCUCAGCGAUUGC